UCCUUCGCGUCUGCCGCGCGCGUCCCGGUUCCGCGAUGGUUCUGUGUCGCCUGCGCGUCUGAUGAGUCCGCAGCAGCAUGUCCUCGCGGAAGAUCUCCUCCGAAUCCUUCAGCUCCAUGGGCUCGGACUACCUGGAGAGCCCCGGGGAGGACGGAGAGUGCCCGUUCUCGCGCGUCUUCUGGAACGGCAGGAGUCCCGUGGAGACGCUCUCGUGUCCGUUCGAGGACGCGGCCGUCAGCAGGAGGCUCGCCCGGCGUAAACGCGUCAAUCUGGACUCGCUCGGAGAGAGUUUGAGACGCCUCACUUCACCGACGACCCAGACAAUUCAGCUGGCCCUGCAGAGAACGGUGGAGAUUUACAGACAGAGGGAAAUCAGUGGACAGGAGUUUGUACGAAGCUUGUCAGAAGAGAAGAAGUGUUUGUUGGAGAACUCUUGCUGUGACAGCCAGACUGACAUCUCAGGAAUACUGAAAUACACAGCAACUGUUUUAGGCGUGGACUUUGCCGACAUUCGUGGCCGAUUUGGGGAGGAGUUCUUUGGUUUGUGUCUGGAGGAGAACGAGAGGGUUCUGCGAGCUCUCGGAGGAAACCUGCAGGACUUCUUCAACGGUUUCGACGCACUUCUAGAACACAUCAGAACGUCCUGCGGCCGCCGAGCGUCUUCCGAGGCUCCUUCUUUCCUAUGCAAAGACGCUCCUCAGGAGAACGAGGAGACGAAGGUGGAGGGCGACGGGAGACGGAGUCUCCUCCUCCACUGCUUCAACCCUGACCCUACUGUGGGCGUGGCCAUGCCGGGCUUGAUCCAAGCCGCCGCCCGGCGCAUCUACCAAUCAGAAGUAUCGGUGGAGGAAGCUCCUCCCACGUGGCUGCACACGUCCAAUGAGGACAGCGAGCUCUCUGCUGACUCCUCCCCCUCUUCAUCUCCAUCCGCGCCAUCAUCUUCAUCCCCCACCUGUUUGUCCUUCCUCAUUCGAGAGGUUCGGACUCAACCCGCAUCCACCGCCGCCGGAUCUCGUCAGCUGUCGCGCUCACCGCUGGAUUUGCGCAUCGGUCUGAGCACGUUUUGCCGGGCCUUUCCCUUUCACCUGGUUCUGGGACCCAACAUGGAGGUCCUGCAGGUCGGGGAGGGGCUUCGGAAACAGGCCAAGAGCGACCCGCACCGGACGCUCACCUUCAGCACCAGCUUUGAGCUGGUUUCUCCCAGAAUCCCCUGCUCCUUCCAGAACAUUCUGCUCCGGCUGUCCACGCCGUUCACCAUUCGUACACGACCUGACGGAUUGGCACUCGACAGCAGAGAGAAGGUGAUGGAGCUCAAAGGUCAGAUGCUUCACCUCCCAGAAUCCAAUUCCAUCAUGUUUCUAGGCUCGCCGCGUGUUGAUAGGCUGGAGGAGCUCAUGGGGCGGGGCUUACAUCUGUCUGACAUCCCUAUUCAUGACGCCACACGUGAUGUCAUUCUGGUUGGAGAACAGGCCAAAGCUCAGGACGGACUGAAGAAGCGCAUGGAUAAAAUCAAAGCCACCCUGGAGAAAACCCAUCAGGCUUUAGAGGAGGAGAAGCACAGAACCGUCGACCUGCUCUACUCCAUCUUUCCCGGCGACGUGGCUCAGAGACUCUGGCAGGGUCUUCCCGUUCAAGCCAAGAAGUUUGAUGACGUCACCAUGCUGUUCUCUGACAUCGUGGGCUUCACGGCCGUGUGUGCGCAGUGCACACCGAUGCAGGUCAUCAGCAUGCUGAACGAGCUCUACACGCGCUUCGACUACCAGUGCGGGAUACUGGACGUCUAUAAGAUAGAGACUAUCGGUGAUGCGUACUGCGUGGCAGGCGGGCUUCACAGGAAGAUUGACAGCCACGCUAAGCCAAUCGCCCUCAUGGCUCUGAAGAUGAUGGAGCUGUCAGAAGAAGUGCUGACGCCCGAUGGGAAGCCGAUCAAGCUGAGGAUCGGCAUCCACUCGGGCUCAGUGCUGGCUGGUGUCGUCGGUGUGAAGAUGCCACGCUACUGUCUGUUUGGAAACAACGUUACGCUGGCCAGCAAGUUUGAAUCCGGCAGUCACCCACGCUGCAUCAAUGUCAGCCCUACUACAUACCAACUUCUGCGUGACGACUGUGCAUUCACCUUCAUCCCUCGCUCCCGGCAGGAGCUUCCCGACAACUUCCCCAAAGAGAUCCUGGGAAUCUGCUAUUUCCUGGAGGCGGGGAAAACCCAGAACCACGCCUCUCUCACCAGCACUCGCUCCGCCCCCAUUCGGAAAGUGUCCUAUAACAUUGGGACCAUGUUUCUACGGGAGACUAGCCUCUGAGAUGGCCCCGCCCAUUCGCUAUGACAUCACGUCCUGUAGACUAGUGUUGCCUGUGGCAACUGGUUGCCCCGCCUCUCAA